GAUUGUAUUUUGACGAAAGGGUAAAUGGUAGAGAUGGGUUUGGCUCAGAAAAUGCUCAGAGACCAUGAAUAUGUUGAAGCUUUAGAAGAAGAACGACGUAAAAUUCAAGUCUUUCAACGCGAACUUCCUUUGUGUUUGGAGCUUGUCACCAAGGCGAUUGAAGCAUGCAAGAAAGAGAUAUCGGGGGGUUCGACCACGACGGAUUACAUGCAACGGAAAUGGGAUUGUUCGGAGCAGACGACCAGUGAUGUUCCGGUUUUGGAAGAAUUUAUUCCGAUUAAAAAAAAUUAUGAUUGCUUCGAGGAAGAUGAUGAACAAGAAUCGCAUAAAUCCGAAGAAAAGAAUGUCCCAGCUGCUGUUGAUCAUAAAAGGAAAUCCGAUUGGCUUAGAUCCGUUCAGCUGUGGAACGACAACAACAACAAUCAAUCCCCAGAUCUAUCCUUGAAUGAGGAUGCCGGUAAUAAUGGAAGUGGUGUGGAAGUGAAGGAAAACGGGGGAGCAUUUCAACGGUUCCAGGGAGAAAAAACCGUGGAAAAAAGUGUUCAAUCAUCUGCAGUAGGAAAAGCAAAUGCUUCAGCUACAAGUACUUCCACUACAGAAAGUAGUAGAGGUGGAGGAAAAGCCAAUAGUGGAAACUCUAGUAAAAAAGAUGAAAAGGAAGGUCAGACUCAGCGAAAGAUAAGGCGGUGUUGGUCUCCGGAGUUGCACCGGCGCUUCUUGCACGCUCUCCAGCAACUCGGCGGUUCACACGCUGCCACCCCAAAGCAAAUUAGGGAGCUGAUGAAGGUUGAUGGACUUACAAAUAAUGAAGUUAAGAGUCAUUUACAGAAAUAUAGAUUGCACACGAGGAGACCGAGUCCGUCCGUCCAACACAACGCCAAUCCACAAGCACCUCAAUUUGUGGUGGUCGGAGGCAUAUGGGUACCUCCACCGGAAUAUCUCACAACAUCGACAAAAACUUCCACCAUUGCUCCGACUAGUGGAAUCUACGCCCCUGUAGCCACAUUGCCCUCGCUUGCUCAACCAUGUGGAAGAUAGCAGCAGUCGCAUCCG